AUGUCGUCUACUUCUUUCUCCGACCUCCUUGCUUCCUCCGGCGUUGACUGCUACGAACAAGACGAAGACUUUCUUGGUGGGUUUUACCCGAAGAGAACCGGGUCGGGUUUACCCAAGUUCAAGACGGCUCAGCCUCCUCCUCUUCCGAUAUCACAAGCUUCUCAUGGUUUCUCCUUUUCAGAGUUACUUGACUCUCCUCUUCUUCUCAGCUCCUCUCAUAGUUUGAUAUCUCCCACGACAGGAGCGUUUCCAUAUCAAGGCUUCAAUGGAACAAACAAUCACUUAGAUUUUCCCUGGCAGCUACAAACGCAGCCGCAACCGCCAAACGCUUCUUCUGCUUUACAAGAAACAUACGUUGUUCAAGCUAUCCAGAAGAAGCAGGAGGAUCCGGUUCAUCGUGAGUUUGGAUCAGAUCACCAGGUUAAGGUACCAUCAUACAUGGUGGUGGGUAGGAACUCUAAUGAUGGUUAUGGUUGGAGAAAAUACGGUCAGAAACAAGUGAAGAAGAGCGAGAACCCUAGGAGUUACUUCAAGUGUACGUAUCCCAAUUGUGUUUCCAAGAAGAUUGUUGAGACUGCUUCUGAUGGACAGGUCACUGAGAUCAUCUACAAAGGAGGUCACAACCAUCCUAAGCCUGAGUUCACCAAGAGACCAUCAGGAUCAAGAAGAAUGUUUAAUCCUUCUUCUGUUGUUAGUGAAACUCAUGAUCAGUCAGAGAACUCGUCGAUUUCGUUUGAGUACAGUGAUCUUGAGCAGAAGAGCUUUAGAUCUGAGUAUGGUGAGGUAGAAGAAGAGGAGGAACAACCUGAGAUUAAGAGACUGAAAAGAGAAGGUGAAGAUGAAGGAAUGUCUGUAGAAGUAAGCAGAGGAGUGAAAGAACCAAGAGUUGUUGUUCAAACAAUAAGUGAAAUUGAUGUUCUUCUAGAUGGCUUUAGAUGGAGGAAGUAUGGUCAGAAAGUUGUCAAGGGAAAUACUAAUCCAAGGAGCUACUACAAGUGCACAUACCAAGGUUGUGGAGUGAGGAAGCAAGUAGAAAGAUCCGCCGAAGAUGAGAGAGCGGUUCUCACUACCUAUGAAGGAAGACACAAUCACGACGUCCCAACCUCGCUGCGUCGGUCAUGA